GUCAGGGAAGAUCGUAGGAAACAGGAAUUUGGAACAAGAGUAUUGCAUAUCAAGCUGCAGCUUUUCCAGAUGCUGAUCAUGUUUAUCUGAAAAGUAUCAUAAAGGGUGUUCGCUCAUGAUGUUACUGGCAGGCUUUAACUGAAAAACAGGAAACCACGGUGGUUGCAAACUGCCAGCGUGAUGACAAUACAGUGAAAAACAGGACUUUUCACAGAGAGACACAUAUGCAUUGGACAAUUCCUAACCAAGGCAAGUUGGUCUGAAAGACUUGUGUGGCUGGAAGGAAAAUAUAUUUGCCCUAAGGAGUGAUCCAAGUCUCAAAAGGUUUUACUUCUGAUUUUGGCAUUAUGCUACAAAUGCAGAAAUGUACUCAAAAUGUCCUUAUUUUAUCAGUUUGUGGCUGACCGAACCUCUGCAAAGAUGAUCUAAUGAAUUCUAUGCCUGAAAUCUACACAAUCUCUCAACACAGUUAAAUUAUCUACUGUCAGAACUACAUCCUGUCCAGUCUUAAUAAACAUUUCAGCUCCAUUGUUUUUGAAAUCAUGGCUUCAGCGCAGAAACCCUCUGCUAUUAUACUGAAGGCUAGAAGGAACUUAACAAAAGCUCUUCGAGAAGACCUAGAGUUGACUUUGAAUGUAGCAAAAUACUACCCAUUUCUCACUCGGAAUGAGUUCUCCUCCUUGAGGCAGAUAAAGGAUCCACACAAGUGCACAGAAAUUCUGAUCGACACAGUGCUGCGGAAGGGAGAAUCAGCCCACAGACAAUUCCUUGAUUGCUUGGAAAAGCUGAGGCACGUCUUCCCACGUUUGCAGCCCAUUUCUGACUAUUUUGAAGAUGGAUUGACAGUCUGGGAUCAGGGAGCUGGGAUUUAUACUGAGCCGUUGCUUGCAGAGGAUGAAGAAGAUCCUUGGGAAAUGGUCAUGUGUGACAGGAACUCUACUGAAGAGGAUCUUCCUGAAAAAGUCAAACCGGAGGUGAUUUGGAGUAGUUCACAAACCAACCAAAAAUCUUUCAGGCUGCAGGCUGGUGAGAGGAGUUCUUUCCGCUGUGCUUAUACCAAUCUUGCCUUUGACACCAAAGAAGAUGUAACCCUAACAUACCAGUUUGAUUCAUGGCCUAAAAACCUGAAUGAAGGAAAGACAGAAGAGUUGAGUGUCGCUGGACCAUUGCUUAUAAUUGAAGCAGAUUCGAAAGAGGCUGUAACAGCCAUUCACUUCCCACACUUCUUGUGUCUUUCAGGGGAAGAAAACUCCAAAGUUCGAAUUGCAUAUCUUGUCAGAGGGAAGGUGAGUCUGGAGAAACCAGACAGUGUGGGACCAUCUCACGUAGAGGUGAAGAACCCUAAGUAUGGUCCAGGUGGAGUUGUUUUGGAAAAGUGUUCACAUCAGCAAGAAAUAAAGGUCCAUGCUGUGGCACUUCUGUACCAAGUCCUUUCGACCUCCCGCCCAACAUUCCAUCUGUAUCUGCUCCCCAAUGAUCCUUCUCGGAGGAAGGCUGUCCAUGAAAAUGAACUGACCAGCCGUUCAAAGAGAGUGCAGAAACCCCCGGAGACAGCUAAGCCUCUGGUGUUUGGCUCUUCCUUCUUUGUACGGGGAUCCCUUGAGGUUGAAGUCUGCCCCAAGGAACUGAAGUUCAGAAACCUGGAUGCUAGUAUGGAGCAGCAGUACCUUGAAGUGUAUGCUGAGAGCAUGGAAGACAAACUAGAUCUCAGUCUGGUAGAAAAAACUGAGGAUGAAGUCAUCUGGGAAGCAUGUGUGAGAAGAGAUGACUUGACGCCUUCCAGUUUUUUCUCAGGGCAAGUGAUGGGCAGUGCACCAAAGACCAUCCGUGACCACCUGGAGUAUAUCCUUGAGGACAUGGAAAAAACUGAUCUCAAAAGGUUCAAGAACAAACUGAGUGAGUUUCCCAUUAAGCAAGGCUUCGACAACAUCCCAAGCGGGAGGCUGGAAGAAGCUGAUGCCCAGGAUCUCAGUAAACUGCUCACCAGCUUCUACACAGAGGCUUACGCGGUGGAGGUGACAUUUGAAGUGCUGGAUGCCAUCAACCUUAAGCAGCAGGCAGAAAAGCUUCUCCAUCUCACUGGAUUUGCAAAAUCACCUUCAUCUACCAUACCCCACAGUAAAAGUGAGAGAAAUGAAAGUGGACAUACAUCCCAUUCCAUGAAAGAGAAGAAAAAGACAGAUGUUUUACCAGGAUCAUCCACCAAAAGAGCACUGGAAGAAGUGACAGUGUCAGAUGAUGAGAUGUUCAAAGGACGAAAAGAGUUAACUGACACCCCCCAGAAGGAGCAAUACGAUGUUGAAGGAAGAACAAUAGCUGUUAUAGACUUUCUGUGGACACUAAAGUUAUCAAAAUAUAGAAGCAAGAAACUCACCCUGAGAGAGGUGCUGGAAAUCAGUUCAAGAUCUCUGAAGCAUAAUGCGCCUCAAAGCUUGGAGGACUUGCCGUGGCAUUUUGUGAGAAAAGUCUUCACUCUGGAUGUAACAGCCAGGAGCACAAAACUGGUGUGGGGAGAGUGGGAUUAUGGAGACACCAAGGGAAAAGAGAACAAACAGAGAGGGUGGGAUGAUAGAAUGUCCUUAUCUCGUUGGACGGCGGCUGAAGGUUCUGUGAACAUUCUUGACCUCCUCUGUGCUGUCCUUCUUUGUUCAGACAGGAUGCUUCAGCAGGAGAUCUUCUCCAGGAUGUCCCUGUGCCAGUUUGCUCUGCCUUUGCUCCUGCCCCCCUUAGAGAAACCAGAGUGCACCCUGAUGCUCUGGGCCAUGCGGGACAUUGUGAAACAAUGGACGCCCCAUUCCCUGGCUGAAAGCAGAGGCUUUAGGGAGGAGACCCUGGUGCUGACACCCAUGCCAACCAUCUCCUUUGUGCGGAUGGGGAGACCUAAGCUCUCCAAGUCCAAACUCCUGAAUGGAUUUCUCAGCUCCACCGAGCAGAACCACGAUUUCUUUGUCCAUCAAGACACAGAGGGCGGGAACAUUCCUCGAGGGAUUGCUGAUGGACUGGUGGAGAUGGCCUGGUAUUUCCCAGGAGGCCAGAAAAGUCUGGAUCUCUUCCCAGAGCCACUUGCCAUUGCGAAUCUCCGUGGAGAUAUUAAAUCACACAGGAAGCAAUUCAGCUUUUUAACACAGGUCUCCUCAGCGGUGUUUAUAAUUGUUGAAUGCAUCGGUGAGAAGGAAUACGCCCUUUUGUCAUCGCUGAAGAAAUCAUCAGUUCACUACUACUUUAUCCUGGAAGAGGGUAGCAGACAAUUUGAACAAACAUAUUCUCUCGCCAAGAAAUUACUUCCUCUUCUUGAAGUCAGUGUACAGAUAUUAGUGAAAUCUGCCUCAACAAAUAUGGCAGAGUUUGUGAAAAAGCUGCAAUCUAGAGUGCACAAAACUAUAAGUUCUCAUCCUGAGCAAAUAGCUGUACAAGGUAUGGCUGCUGUGUCAUAUGGCCUUGCCAUCUUGGUAGAUGAAGAUAGCGAAGAAUGUCAAAAUGCUCGCAGACGUGCAAAAAAGGUGACAGAAAACAUAAAAGAUGUUGCAAAUUAUAGGAGAGAAACACUAAAAUUCCAGGAGUAUCUACUGAAAAACCAGGCAGAAGCAGAGAAAGAAAUGCACAGAAUGGAGAGUCCAAAAUGGGGAAGUAGGUUACUGGCACUCCAUAAACAAGUGAAUACGUAUGAUCUCACAAGCGGCCUGUCUGAUUUUUUCAGCAAUUUGCAAUCUGCAGAGAAACACUAUUUCUUAAAAUGGAUGAAGUUUUAUCUGGAUCGUAUCUCUCAAAUGCACCUUGCUAAAUUAGAGAGACACUCCAAGGAGAAGCAGAUGUCUGCUGCUUCCCUAGGAGUUGAACAUUUCAUGCGUGAAUUGGGGCAGGUUUAUGAGGCAAAACAUCUGACCAUUAAAGAGGGAAAAUCAGGAAAAAACCUCAGCCAGCUGGUUGAUUUGCCAAAGAUCACAGCUGACUUGAUGCUGGAAGGGUUUACUUUAGAGUUGUUUGAUGAAGAUGUCUCCAACACUCCCCUGCAAUGGAUAAGUGAUGUUCUGACCGAACUCCACAACAAAUUAGAAGGUCAAUCCAAAAUUAUGGUGAUAACUGUGUUGGGAGUGCAGGGAACGGAGAAAUCCACUCUUCUCAAUACCAUGUUUGGGCUGCAGUUUGCUGUUAACAGAGGCCAAUAUGGACGCAGUGCGUCCGUGGCAUUUCUUAAAGUUACAGAGGACUUGGCUGAGGAUCUGGGUUGUGAUGCCAUCCUAGUGAUAGACACAGAAGGCUUAACAUCUCCUGCCAUGGUGAAGGUGGAAGGCGCCUAUCUGCGCAAUAUUAAUAAUUUAGCCACUCUAGUAGCUGGGCUGACUGACAUCACCAUAGUGAACAUGGCCAGGGAGAACACUACUGAAAUUAAAGAUGUCUUCCAAAUGGUGGCCUGUGCUUUCCUUGAGAGGAAGAUGACUGGUCAAAAGCCCAAUUGCCAGUUUGUUCAUCAGAAUGUCAAUAGUGGUUGGGCUGUCAUACAAAAAAUGUUGGCCAGGAGGCAGCUUUUAGAACAGCUUGAUGGAAUGAUCCAGGCUGCAGCUAAAGCAUAUAAGGAUAAACGGAAUGUCAGGUUUUCAGACAUCAUGGACUAUGACUCAGGAACCAAUAACUGGUGCAUCCCAAGUCUGUGGCAAGGAGUUCCACCUAUGGCUCAAAUCAACAGGGGAUACAGUGAGAACGUUUCUGAACUAAAGAAGUACCUCUUUAAAAUAAUAAAAAGCCGCUCCCACAAAAACCCUCCCAAGGAUAUUCCUCAGUUGAUCGAGUGCUUUAGAAAUCUAUGGAUGCCGUAAAAAUGAUAAAAUCUGCUUCUGAAGUGGGUUCGUAAGUAAGUGGUUUAUAACCAGCCUUUCAUUAAAUAUUCCAGAAGGCCGGGCCUUCUUCGUGAUGGCACCAACUCUGUGGAGUCAGCUCCUGGUGGAGCAGGACCCCUCCCUGCUAAUGUUUAGAAGGCAGCUCAAAAUGCUGCUUUUCAGGGAAGCUUUCCACAGCGAUGCUGCUUAAUGUUACACCUUUUGCCCUGAUCUUAGAGAAAUAAUGCGCUUUUGGUACCAUUUUUCAACUAUUUUAACUCUUUUUACUGUUUAGUUUUAUAUUUAUUGUUAUAUUUUCUUUAUCUCAU